AAAACCUCAACUAACGGCCAUGGAAAUCCCCGUUUGAACGAGCAAAUAUGGAUCGGAAAACGAGAAUCACAAUUAAAAAUGGCAACCGCGUUCAAUUCACCCGAAUCCUUAAAUACCCCAUGCAUUCUCAGUCUCCCUUCUCGUACCCACCUUGUCUAACUACAUCUGAAAACGAAAAAAGCUCAUUUCUUUCUUCAAUUCAAUACCCUCCUCUGAAAAAAGAUUUGAUUUUGAGAUCGAGGAUUUAAUUUAAUUGUAGGUAAAGAACAGAUCAGAUCGAAAAUGGGAGGUGGGUUUUUCUCAUCAUCGAAGCCUGGAUCCCCUCUGAGUUUCCGGUCAAAAUCACCGUCGCCGUCGCCGUCGCCGUCGCCGUCUCCUCCUCGCUGUUCGUUUUCCGAAACGCUCAUGAAAGAAACGAUUGCGACCGUAGAACCGAUGAUCCGGAAAUGGGACCUUGAAGGGACGGCAACGUACGAGAGAAUCUCCUACCUUUUCCGGGAUAAUCGGGUAGAGGCUAUGGAGUUUCUGUGUUGCGUCAACGACUUGCAGCAUGCUAUGCAACUAGUGGCCAUGGAGAAUUCGAGCUCUGAGCAGCUCGUUAUAGCUCAUAACUUGAUGCAAAUCGCCAUGAAAAGGCUUCAGAAAGAGUUCUAUACUAUUUUAUCUGGAAAUCGCUACUUUCUGGAUCCCUCAACCAGGUGUUCCGGAGGAGGAUCUUCGACGAAAUCCAGUGUUUCAGAUUUGGGAGACGAUGCUUCCGAGGAAGAUGAAGAGACAGUUAACCGAGCCGCGGCGGCGAGAGUUCCCGAUACGGCGGUUGCGGAUUUGAAAGCCGUCGCGGAAUGCAUGGUCGGAGCUGGAUACGGAAAAGAGUGCAUGAAGAUUUACACCAUAAUCCGAAAAUCCAUCGUGGAUGAGACUCUGUAUUAUCUGGGAGUGGAAAACUCGAGCACUUCCCAGAUUCAGAAAAUGGAUUGGCAAACGUUGGACGAGAGAGUUAAGAAUUGGCUGUCUGCCGUGAAAAUCGCCGUGACAACUCUCUUCCUCGGAGAGAGGAUUCUCUGCGGCGAGGUUUUCUCGGCUUCCGACGACAUCAAAGAGUCGUGUUUCACGGCAAUCACAAAAGACGGCGCGAUGUCGGUGUUGGGAUUUGCGGAAUCCGUUGGGAAAUAUAAGAAGCUAUCCAUCGAGAAAAUGUUCCGUUUUUUGGAUCUUUACGAGGCGGUUUCGGAGCUAUGGUCGGAAAUUCAGUCCAUUUUCGACUUCACUUCCACCGCCGCGGUGAGGUCUCAGGCAGUGAUGUCACUCCUGAAGCUCGGAGAAGCCAUUAGAGCGAUGCUUACGGAGUUCGAGACGGCGGUUCAGAAGGAUUCCUCCAAACCGCCGCCCGGCGGCGCCGUCCAUCCGCUCACUCGAUACGUGAUGAAUUACCUCGUUUUCCUCUCCGAUUACAGCGGCGAAGUUUCCGAAAUAAUCGCGGACUGGCCGUUGUCGACAAACUCGCCGUUGCCGGAGGCCUACUUCUCGACUCCUCACCCCGACGACGACGAUUCCGGCGCCUCCGCCGUCUCCGAGCGCUUCGCGUGGCUCGUUCUCCUCCUCCUCUGCAAACUCGACGGCAAGGCACAGAUGUACAAGGACGUGCCAUUAUCGUACCUGUUCUUAGCGAACAACCUAAACUACGUCGUUUCGAAGGUCCGACAAUCGAACCUGAACCUCAUUCUCGGGUCGGAUUGGAUCUCAACCCACGAAGGGAAGGUGAAACAGUACGCGGCGAACUACGAGAGGAUGGGCUGGGAUAAGGUGCUGUCGUCAUUCCCGGAGAUUCCAACUGCCGACCCCGUUUCUCCGGCGGAAGCAAAUGACUGCUUUACGAAAUUCAAUUCCGGUUUCGAGGAGGCCUACCGGAGACAGAGUUCGUGGGUCAUACCCGACCCGAAGCUACGCGACCAAGUGAAGAUUUCCCUUGCGAACCGAAUAGUUCCGGGUUAUCGAGAUUUGUACGAGGAGCAUCUUAGCAGAUUCCGUGGCGCGGAAUCAGUGGUCAGAUUUACCCCUGACGAUUUGCAAAAUUACCUGUCUGACCUGUUUCACGGAAUGAGUAUUUCAGGCGGGAGCAAAGCUUCAAACCGCACUUCAUCGCCGUCACCGUCAACAUCGCCGUUACGCGGCCGUUGACGCUUUUAUCCAAAGCAACCGACCAUAGUAUCUUGUGUACAAUGUAGGACAAACAAUAGAGGCAAUGCAUUAAAGAGUCGUAUUAGAAAAUAAAAUAUUAAUUUUUUAAUAUUACUUCCGAAUGUAAAUACCGUUAUAACUGGCUUUCCUUUUACUUUA